UGGUCGAAGUUUGCACUUCCGGGUUUCCUUUGAUCAGUACAAAGCUGGACGUGUAACUGACGCAGCUCGCUCUUAGAUAAACAAGCGUAUUUGGUGCAGUAUAAUUUUGAUGUUUUUGGUUUCUCUUGUUUAAAAUGAGUGCGGAAAAGUACCCCCGGUCGUCCAUUGAGGAUGACUUUAAUUAUGGCACAAAUGUGGCGACGGCAAGCGUGCAGAUCCGAAUGGAUUUUCUGCGGAAGGUGUACUCCAUCCUCUCCAUCCAGAUAAUCCUGACCGCAGCUACAUCUGCCCUCUUUAUGUACUCUGACACAAUCAAGAACUUCAUUCACGCAUGCCCCUCCUUGGUGCUGGUGUCGGCAAUCGGCUCGCUGGGUCUGAUUUUCGCUCUAGCCAUCUACAGGCACCAGCACCCUAUCAACUUGUAUCUGCUUUUGGGAUUUACACUUCUGGAGGCAAUUUCUGUUGCUACUGCUGUGACCUUCUACGAGUACGCCGUGGUGUUUCAGGCCUUCGUGCUGACGGCGGCUGUGUUUCUGGGGCUGACUGCCUACACCUUCCAGUCAAGGAGAGAUUUCAGCAAGCUGGGAGCCGGACUGUUUAGUGUCCUGUGGGUUCUGAUCAUCGCCAGCUUUAUGAGACUCUUCUUCUACAAUGAGACAGUAGAGCUGGUAUUCGCCGGGGCAGGGGCCCUGCUCUUCUGCGGCUUCAUUAUCUACGACACACACCUGAUCAUGCACCAGCUCUCCCCAGAGGAACACAUCCUGGCCUCCAUCAACCUGUACCUGGACAUCAUCAACCUAUUCCUGCACAUCCUCCGCAUCCUGGAUUCUAUGAAGAAGAACUGAGCCCACCUGCUGCCCUCUAGUGGUGAAAGAUAACACUGGCUGGAGAAGAUUCCCUGACUUACAAAAAGUAAUCAGUUUGCCAGUGACUUUUACCUUUGUUCUGUAAUGUGUACAAAUUUUUCUGGGCAUCUCUUGAUCUAAUUAGUAGGGUGUUUAGAUUAGCUUGCAUUUUAAAGCAUAGAAUUGAUUACCGAGGGCUCAAAAAGCAUUAUGCAUUACCCUAGAAGUAAUUCAAAUAAAACUUAGCACAGCAUAACUUAAAUUGAUGAUCUGAUCAUAGCAGUCAGUAAAGUUAAAAUGAAUGCUCUAGCUUGGUUUACCAAGACUGUUUCAUGAACAGAAUAAGUGAAUACUUUGGACUAUUCCUUUAGUGAUUGAUAUAUAUAUAAAUAAAUAAAUAAAUAAAUAAAUAAAAUUCUUUACCAAUUAUCCAUCUUGCUUGGCAGAUUAGUAGUAAGUGUGUUUGUUAUACUAGUGAAAGUGUUUAGGGGAAUAUGAAUGUGGAAAAAAAUUGUACUAUGGGACCACAGUUAGAUUAGUUUAAAUAUUUAAAAAAUUGCUUUGUACUGGUGACUGCAGCUGGUGGUUUUAUUCUUAAGAUAUGUAUUACACCAGUACAAAUUCCCCACAUAAGUUCAUAAAUAUGUUUUAUGAGCGUUAAUAUUUAUUUUAAUUCUCUUUUUAUUAAGCUGUAUUAAAUUAUAAGUGGUGUUAAAGGGAUACAUUAAGGGGAGGUGUGUGCUUACACUAAGGAUUUGCAUCAGAAUAUAUCAUUUGAGUUUCUCUUUACAUACAUUUAUAAUGAAGACCGCAAGUGCAAUAUUAAUUAUAAUAAGUAAUGUAGUGACAUAUGUUUAAAUUGUGACCCUGUUAUGAGUAUGUGUAUGUUGGUGUUCAAAAUAAACAGCCAUGUGAAAGUCUGGA